GCCGGGGACGCGUGCGGCGCGACUCCAUGUUUGGCGCUCGCCGAGGAUGAAGAAGGACGGUGCAUGGCGCGACAUGAUGGCUCACCCCGGCGGUGGCAAUGGACCCAGAGGCAGGAACAUUCCCCACGAUGGGGAGGAGAAAGGUUCUUUUGAAGUGAUGUUGCUGGGCCCUGACUCCCCUGUGGGGCGGCGCACCGGUGGACUGAGGGCCCCAAAUAUCCCUUACGAAGGCGAUGAGCAAGGAAAAAUGUUUGUUGGUGGCCUGUCCUGGGAAACAACUCAGGAGUCCUUGCAGCGUUACUUUGGUCAGUAUGGAGAAGUUAUUGACUGUGUGGUGAUGAAGAACAGUGAGACCGGAAGGUCAAGGGGUUUCGGCUUUGUGACAUUUGCAGACCCCAACAAGGUGGAUGUUGUACUGAAAAGUGGCCCUCAUGAACUGGAUGGGCGUACGAUUGAUCCCAAAGCUUGCAAUCCUCGCAGCAUGCAAAAGCAAAAGAAAAAUGGAAAUUGGCCGAAGGUGUUUCUCGGAGGUUUACCCUCCAAUCUUACAGAGACAGAUCUCCGCAAUUUCUUCUCUCGCUAUGGUGCUGUUAUGGAGGUUGUCAUAAUGUUUGACCAGGAGAAGAAGAAAUCAAGAGGCUUUGGAUUUUUGUCCUUCGAAACGGAAGAAGCUGUGGAUAGAGCGGUGGCAGAGCACUUUGUCAACAUUAAUGGAAAGCAGGUUGAAAUUAAGAAAGCAGAGCCCCGUGAUGCCAGCAAGGCACAGGAGGAGAGUGGUCAGUGGGGCACACCACCCGACAAUCAGUGGGGCAUGCCAGUUGGCCCACCUGGCAUACCUGGCCUCAACAAUGGCAUGGGACCUGGCAACAUGGGUCCACCACUGGGCCCUCCCCUUGGCCCGCACAACAGUCAGAUGGGAGGCCACAUGGGUACUCAAGGCAUGGUCCAAGGGCCCUACCAUCAGGGGUGGGGAACACCACCGCAGCAGCAGGGUUAUCCUCCACAAGGAUAUGGUGCUCCACAAGGACCACAGGGCUAUCAGGGCUGGGGUGCUGGCCAACAGCUGCAGCAGUGGGGUGCUCCCAAUUAUGGAUCUCCAGGCGGGCAGCAGUAUGGCAGCUUUGGACCAUUGGAGGGGGGCACUUGGGGCUGGACGACCCCUACUUCUCCCUCCACACCUCAGCCACACGAAUGUGAUCCCUAUGGCCGUAAUGCUCCUCUAAAUGCCCUUGUGACUGGAGCUCCUGGUGCCCCAUCCCCAAAUCUGGCUGCUGCUGCUGGGCCUCAGCCAGGGGGCAAGGCAUCAGCAGACUACAGUUCUUGGGGUCAGUACAACUACAACCAGAUGAGUGGGGAAAACUCU